AUGUCAGAUCCAUUUGCUGACUUAUUAUCUUCUUUUAAAGGGGUUAAUUCCUCUACUGGAAACAAUUCCAGUGCAAAUAAGAAUGCUUCUUUGAACGAUCUACUCUCAAGUCACUCUGCAUUAACUUCUCCCCUAUCGAGGAAAAGUCCAUCCAAUGUGCCAUCAAAAACUCCGGAAUCAAUCAGUAUCACUUCAAUGACUGCUUCCCAAGAUUUUUUCGAUGAUCUAUUGGCUGCUCCAUCACAAGUUACACCAUUACGGGAAUCACCUUCGCAGGUUGCACCAUCAACAGCGACCGAAAAGGAUGACUUCGAUCUGGCCUUCGAGUCCUUCAAUUCUACACCGCAUGUUGAUUUAGUUCAACCACAACCUGAUCCAAUUCCGGAACCUCAACCUUUAGUCGAUGAAGUGAAAGAUAUGGAAAUCGCAAGAUUAAUGUCCUUAGGGUUAAGUUUUGAUAAAGCUGUUCAUUAUUACGACAAAGGUAUCAUGUACGAAGAGUUAAUCGAAUCACAGAAGAAAAGGAAACAAUCGAGAUCCAAUGUAAAUAACGAUUUUGGACAACAACAACUACGAAAACAGGAAUCUAGAGAUUCUUCACCAGCUUUUAUAUCAGUGGCAUCAAACUUAUUCAACAUGGGGAAAGAAUUCAUCGAAGAUAAAUUAAAACCAACAUUACAGCCUCAGUACGCGAAUUCUUCACAAAGAAGUCAAUUCAGUGAUGAUAUACCGCUGAGAAGAGACUAUACGAGGCCUCAUUCGAGGCCUCAUUCAAUGCAAUUCCAAUCCGAACGUACAUCACCUCAGCCAAGUCCGGAGCUUCCAUCAAUUCAUCAACUAUCCAUAAAUAAUGCUUCUUCAGCACCACCGCCUGUAUCUGUGGAAAAUCAAGAUACAGCAUCCGUUAUUAAUCAGGAAACUUUGGUUGAUUUUGGUGCAGCACCGCAGACAUCUGCAUCUCCUCAGCACAGGAUAUCAGACUUUGAAUUAACUAGUUUCAACGAGUUCAAGAACAACGGUGUUAAGUAUUUUUCAUCAGGAGACUACCACAAUGCUUUACUGGAAUUUGAAAAAUCAUUCAACACAUUACCAUUCAAACAUCCGCUUCGAAUUAUAUCCUUGUCUAACAUCGUUUCGUGCCAAUUGAAGCUUGGAGAAAAUUCAAAGGCUUUGGAAUCUGUCAAGCUGGCCUUGGAUCUUUCAGACCUUGCUCCAAACGCUUCAGAUAUCAUUGAACACAGUGUACCAGAAAGAACAUUCAAGCAAAUGAUCAAUAAGAUUCAGUUAAAACACGCUGAAAUACAGGAACAUUUGGAAAACUACGAAAAGGCUCUGUCUUUAUAUGCAAAUUUAAUCUCAAAUGGCAUCACAGAACAAAAAGUGAUGGACGGUAAGCGAAGGUGCGAAAAGAUCGUGAAUCCAGAGAAGUUCAAACCGGCGAAGGAAAAAAUAUCUUCUCCAACCAUUCCAGUUCGCUCCAAAACGAGCAUAUCUGCAGAUACAGUAGCUGUGAACAGAGUUAAGGAAGAAAACAAAAAACAAGAGGAAGAAGAAGAGGAGCGGUUAAGACUUCGUGAUAAAGUUGAUGAAAAGAUCAGCGAGUGGACUAAAAACAAUGAAAACGAUCUAAGAUAUCUUUUGGCCAAUUUAGAGCCUCUUCUGUGGUGGGCAUCUUGGAAGGAAGUUUCACCGCAGGAUUUAGUCAUGACCAAGAAAGUUAAAAUUUGUUACUUGAAAGCUAUUGCAAAGACUCAUCCAGAUAAAAUUCCCGCCGAUGCAAGUUUAGAGACAAUAAUGAUCGCAGAGAAUGUUUAUACGAUUCUAAAUAAGGCUUGGGAAUAUUUUAAAUCCCAAAACAACAUCUAA